CCAGAAUGUCUCUGAUGCUCCUAGCACCGAUUUUAAUAGCGUGAACUCAACAAUUCUAACGGAACAAAGCGAGCAUAAUAGAAUACCUACAUACCAAGAUGCCGUCAGCGUGCCGAAUACCGGCCACCCGGACUAUAGCACGAUCAACCAAGCUUUUCUUCCGGCCAGGUCCAUGGAGAACAUACACCUAACGCCUUUCCAUCCGGGACACCUAUGCAAUCAUGGCAAGAUGAACACAGUGACCAAUUCGGCGACACGCAGCGACAUACCCUUCGAAUAUGAGCUCGAAAGUCUACUCGACUCUCAAAUGAUAGAUGGUGCUCUAACUUUACACCAACAAACGACCGACCUCUGCCACGAUAGCGGCCCGGGGAUAUCAGUUUGUCACGACGAAACCAAUGCAAUUGACUUCCUGCAAAACCUCAGUUACUUCCCCCAGUACUCGAAGUUCAGACACUUGGGUGAAACACAAGCGUAUAAUGAGCUGUUGGCUCCGACUGCUAUUAGCAUGGGUCAUGCACAACACCAGCCUAAUGGCCGAGCAUCCGACGUUAGCAUCUACACUGCACCUAGAACUAUAUUUGCAAACGACAUUGUGGAGUUACCUGCAAAAGACACGGGACCCAUACCUGCGGAGUCCUGUAGUUUACCCGCCCACAAUCAGAAGAAGAAGGAGUGUAAGACAGGAAAGAAUGGAGUGAAGGGAAGAGUCCGUGUGGAAAGAACCUUCGUUUGUGGAAAGACGAAAGGCGCGAAUGCCGUCAGAAAGUACAGACACGACUCUCGGGAAUGGAAGCAAAUGUUUGAUCAACACAUAAACAGGCUGAAGCAAGGUGGACAAACCAGCGAAGAAAUAGCCGUUGUGCUAACCAUCAUCCACGGUUUCACAACCUCGAUGAGUAGAGUAAGCAAAGGGCCCCCAAAGCGACAGACGGAUGCUCAGAAAGCACCAUCCAACCGAGCAGCCCAGGCUCUGCCCAAGAAGACGAUAACGAUAGCAGACGCUAUUUCCGACUUCCUGAUGAAGCCGAGAGAGAGGGAAAAAGCACCUAACCGAGUACUAGAGCUUUCGUUCAAGGAGUACAUACACCAAGAGAGGGCGUUCCACGCCCUGCAUUCUUUCAUCAACGGAUCCUUCGAUCUAAAAAGUGGAAGAUGGACAGUUUCCGCUUUCAAGAGACUGGAUGCAUCGAGCCAUCGCCAUGGGUCCUGGUGGCUUCGAGAGGCCCGGUGCCGUAGCAUGACCAUGUUCGCUUUGAAUUCGCUUUACGAUCGCGUCAGUGCCUCGUUCCGCGAGCUCCUUGAUCUUCAAGGGGUUGCUGAGCCCUGCGAUCCCAGUAUGCUGAUAUAUUUCUGGCCGAUUUGUCAAACACUCUUCGAAGUUCGGCUUCUUCGACAAAAUCGCAAGAAAUUCGUUCUCCUAAGGGCCUUCUGGGUGAACCUCAGAAAAGAAUUUGCUCGAGCCGCAGGCGGUCAUCCGUUCGUCCAGUUCUUAGACUCGUUGAUGAUGGUUCUGAAUACGUCGCCCGAGCACAUUCGACCAACAGUGGGUCUGGCGUACUGGAAAACCAUUCACAUGCUUGACAGUUUCCUUCGACCUGAAUCAGCAGAUCACCCGGUGAUACUUCGGAUGGGAUCACAUUGCAGCAAUAACUGGAAGACUCGCUUCCAACCACAAAUUGAGCAACUUGAGCGCCGUUACCAAACGGAUCUUCAGUCUCUGGAAGCUUCGAAUUGUCUCGGAGUCAAACGGAGGAUUUCCGUUCUACAGGACUAUGUAGAAGCAAUAUCCAAGAGCGAAUCCCAUAACGACACUCUUAUAACUCUCGCGACCCAACUUUGGGAUCUAAGCGCAAAGGCAUGUAACGAAGGUGCGAAAAUGCAGAAGCUCCAAUGGACGCACGUGACUGAAGCCUUGGCUUCUUCCGCCGACCGCCUCGCCAUCCACUACUUCGAGGGUGGGAGAAAACAUAACGAGCACGAUCUCAGCUGUGGCUUAUGGUAUAUGAACGAAGCCAUCGAGAUCCUACGUUUUGGAGACCUGCUGUGCCAGCACCAAGCGCUUUGUCUUUCAGGUCGACUGAAGAAUCUGUUCAAAGGGAAGACAAGAGGUGUGGCGGCUGCAGGAGAGAGAUUCCGAUGGUCGGCAAUAUUGGAUGUGAUUCCUAGGAUCAAACUCGUAGCUCAAGAUCCCCGAGGCGUCAUAACUGAGCCCAGAUCUCCAGCGUCCGGCUGUUCCCCAGAACAGCAUUUGAUCCCUCUCAAGUCAUCAUAUGACAUUCUGACCCUCUCUCCCGGCUCACCACCAGAUAGUCUGACCCCUCGCUAUCCACCUUAUGAUGUUCAACCUUCGGACGAUACACCGCCACCGAUCGAAAUGCACAAGACCAUCGACCUUGUCGACCAUCGCCAAAUCGAAUUGUUCGAGGCGUUGGAACGACUGAAGUCCCUCCAGGCUGCGAGCGAUAUCAAGACCCCUCAGUUAAUUGUAGUUGGCGAUCAGAGCAGUGGCAAGAGUUCCAUUCUGGAAGCCCUUGCCCGAUUUCAUUUCCCGGUUCAUGAGGAACUCUGCACCAGGUUUCCAACAAAGCUCAUUCUUAAGAGGUCUGACAGGAAGCUCCUGAAAGUCCACUUUGACCUCAAGCUUGAUUCACGAACCGAUGAGGAGAACGCAAAACUGCAAAGUUUUGUCCAACAUGUCGAGGCAUCCAGCCGGUCCUACUGGGACGACCUGGGCGACCUGAUGGUCAAAGCUGCUGAUGCACUUGGUUCCACCAAAACAUUCACCGAAGAUGUCCUGGUCAUUGAGAAACAUGGCCCUGAAUUGCCCAUCCUGAGCUUGGUGGACUUGCCAGGUCUUUUCCGAGCCAAUAGCGCUCAACAAAGCCGAGUAGAUCGGGACACGGUUGAGCGGAUCUUCAAGGAGCAUAUCAAAGAGCCAGCCAACCUGGUCCUGGUUGUUGUUACCGCUUCCAUCACAGCUGUCAACCAAACCGUGGUAGAAGAGGUCCAAAAACUUGCGAGAAAGGAUUACAAACUUCUCAACAGGUUGAUUGCGGUCGUGACGCAUCCAGACCUAGAUGAAGACCGGCUAGCAGAGACCAAACGUGUUCUCACAGAGGAGCCACCGCUACUGGGUAACAUGGAGCUACUUCACAAAUGCCAUGUCGUCCGAAACCAGACAAAGGCGGAGAGGAUCACCGGUGAAUCCCUCGACAAUCGAGACCGCAAAGAAGCAUUGUUUUUCAACGGUGACAACUGGCGGCAUGUAUCGAACGAACAGAAAGGCAUCCACAGCCUCAGGGCUACCCUUAAAGACCUUUUCUGGACCCGCACGAAGGAUGAGCUUCGAAAGACAAUCAUCCCAAAGAUCAAGGGAAAGAUUGUCGAUAUUGAUGCAUGCGUCAAAGCUGCUGAUGCGUCUCGGUCGAAUGACCACCAACGCCGGGACUAUCUCUGCGAUGUUGCGGAAGAGUUUGAACGACUGAUAAGAGAAGGAGUCAAAGGGGAGUACGACGACAAGGGAUGCAGAGAGUUACAUCUCAUUGGCGAGCGCGAGAAAUGUCGACAAUGCAGAGGGUUCUUCCCUGAUCCUAGGCUCGGUCUCAAUACGGACGAUGGCCAACAGUAUAAGCUUUGUAGCAAUGUCCGCGCAUUGAACAAGGUUUUCGCAGCGACAAUGCGUCGGUUUGGUAGGACAAACAUAAUUGAUCGUCAGGAAGGGAGCGAGCCGGGAGCCACGAAUGUCGAAACCAACUCACAACACGACCUGAAAAGCCCAGGCCGAGCCCGCAAAGACAAGAUCAACGAGUAUUUCCUGUCAGCGGAAGUGCUAAGCCAGUACUACACAUCCGAGGAACCAAAGUCCAUUCCAUGGAAGGAUUACGAAGACAUAGUUAAUCAAGCAAUGGCGCGCAACAAAGGCCGUGAACCAGAUGGAGAACCGAAUUGGAUUGUGUACAGGGACCUCUUUCGCUAUCAGUCCGCAGGCUGGGCUAAGAUCGCAGAGAAACACGUGCGAGCUGUUUGUGAGGAGACCGAAAAAUAUCUCGCCCUUGCUCUGACGCGUGCUUGCCAGGACGAGAGCGUACGCCAAGCCAUACAGGACAAGAUCAUCAGACCCAACUUCAAGAUCCUGCAGAGAGAAGCCAAUCGAACUUUGACCCAUCUUCUCGAGUGCCAUCGGACAGGAAACCCAGGAUUCCUCGAUAGCUUUGGUGAUAUUUUCACAGUACAGGAGCAGGCCAAGGAUCUUGAUCAGACACUGGAUCUUUUUGGUUGGGGACACCUGGAGCAAAGACUCGGCAAGGACCUCAUCAAGAAUAUCAAGCAUGGCUUGGGCGUCUUGAUAUUGUCAUCGAUUAGCCCCGUCUCAGCCAAGGGCUACCUCGGGACGUUCGUCUUUAAGCACGCAUACGACAUUCUCUCGAAGCAGUUCAGCCUGUCUAAUGACACAGAUCAGAAAGAUGCCGCCACCGACAAGGUCACUAAGCCUAUUUUGGAUUACGACCACGAUUACAAUGCGGCUGGCGUGAUUGCGGGAGUUGAGAGCUACUACAAGACCGCCAUGAUUGCCUUUGUAGGCUACGUCAACGCGCUCGUCAUCGAGGCCGACAUCCUGCGAGAGCUUGAAGGUCGCAUCUUCAGCCAAAGGCUCAUGCGCCACGAGAGCCAGACACUCAUCAACGAAAUAGCGGCUGAAGACGAAGAUGAGGCCGAGAAGCGCAAGAAGAACAAGGGGGAGUUGGAAUCCCUGAAAAGCAUUUUGAAGACUUUAGAAGAGGGUUUGGCGGAUAAGAAAUAGCUUGGCAGUCGUAUAGAGAGGUAGGUUUGGUGGGGAGGGGUGGAGAUGUCACAAAUUGCCCUGGUUACGACUUACGACGCUACGGUAUUUUUCUUCUUUCCCUUGUGCACUGGUCAUGACUCAUAAUAUAACGGUCUCCUUUUUAUUCCCUUGGUCAAGUGCUCUCCGUUCCUUUUCACUCCCCUACAGAGUCUGACGAUAGUAAAACCGCUCUUUUCUUUCCUAUCUCGGGUAUUCUUUCUUACUAUUCCUUACCAGGCGCGCAUCCGAAAAGAUUGCAAAAUAUCUUAGGACCGCACAGAUUAGGAAUGAACAUGUCGUUCAACGUACUUUGAUAAACUACCAGCCCAACCACUCUUUAAGUAUGAAAAUUACCGACCAACCAACAUACGAGCUCCCCUUGGCUGGGGUAUUGGCCAAUAUUGCACAUGGUGAAAUAUAACUGGAG